AAUAAUAUACACAUAUUAUGAUCGAAAUACUCAGAAAUAGAUAACAACAUACAUUAUAUUUAUCUUAUCAGUAUUCGGGCUUCUGUUUACUGUAGUAGUUGUCUAUCAUUUAUUUUUUCGACAAACAAAGCGAAAACUCCCUUUUUAAAAAGUGAAACAUAAUAUUAUAGUAUUACCUAUACAGUUUUACUUUGCGCUUUGGCGUUCCUAUAUUUUAUUGCAUCAUAUUAUAAACAUUGGAAUACCUAUUCUGUUUCUUUCAGAAAUAAAAAUGGCUAGCGAAGUUGAAGAUACUUUGAAACGCAUUCAAUCUCACCGUGGAGUCAUCGGUACAAUUGUAGUAAAUAACGAAGGUAUUCCUAUUAAGUCAACUUUGGACAAUUCAACUUCGGUCCAAUACGCUGGAUUGAUACAACAGUUAGCUGAUAAAGCUAGGAGUGUUGUGAGAGAUUUGGAUCCGUCUAACGAUUUGAUGUUCUUGAGGAUGCGUACUAAAAAACAUGAGAUAAUGGUGGCACCAGAUAAAGAUUUCAUUAUGAUCGUUAUUCAAAACCCAACAGAAGCACAGUCAUAAGAGAACAAUUUUUAAAUAUUAUAGCAAAUCAUAAAAUGCACUUCAAUUGAAAUCUAAAUAACAUCCAAAAAUAGAAAUUUGUAAAUAAUUAUUAGUUAAUUACAAAUAAUAUUGUACAUAUUAAAUAUUGAUUUUUAUAAUUUUAUAUAAUGCAUACAACAAGAUUUUAAUUUUAUAUUUUCUUCUAAAGCUAUUUAUUUGUUUUUAUGAAUCCAGAUAUAUAAUCGUUUUUAAUUAAACAUUAUCUAUGUUUGGACGUCGGUUGUUUACGAUAUUUCAAUAUUUAAGAAUGAUUGUCAAUAGUUAGUAUGAGUACCUAUAGUAAAUUAUUGCAAUUUAAAAAUUCCUUAAAUUUCCUAUCUUUGUUAAUAAAUUAAUAUAUCGUAUACAACCGACAUUAAAACGCAGAUAACAGAUAAUAUUCUUGUCUUUAAGUUAGCUGAUAACUAAUAGGUAAGCCUCACUAUGAUAGAACAAGCCUACUAACCGAAAAUUGUAUAUGUUGUAUGUUUUGCGGUUUUGCAUCCUUUUAACACAGGGCAGUAGGACACAAAGACACUGUAUGUUGUUUCUUUAUUCAUAUUUUGUAUUAUUAAAAAUGUUUUUUAAUA